AAGCUAAUUAUAAUACAAAAUAUAUAAUAUUUAUGUUGAAAAACAUCAUAGGACAGUUUUCUGUAUGACAGCCGACUGACUACUAAAAUAGAAUCGUGCAAGUUUCUCAAAUCGCAAUCUUCCUCCAAAACUAUAAAUAAUGCGUUAAAACUAUAUUUAAUAUGAUAUUACGUAAUUUUUCUCCUAGACUUUAGUGAACAUACUACACUUCUGUUCACAUUUAAAUACUUAUAUUAUAACAUUACAUAGUUGAAUAAUCGAUUUAAAAGCACUAUUAAUUUUGGAAUGGGGGAACAAGUAAAAGCCGCGGCGGCUGCGGCCGCACUUUCCGAGGGGGAAGCAGAUGGAGAGCUCUCACCUCUGCCAGUGCCCGGGGGCCAGCUGCCACGACGACGGGGUGGCAUCAGCGCUGAGCCCGUCACAGAGGAAGAUGCUACCAGCUACGUCAAAAAGGUUGUGCCAAAAGAUUACAAAACGAUGGGGGCGCUGUCGCGGGCGAUCGCGUCCAACGUGCUAUUCACACACUUGGACGAGUCGGAGCGGGCGGACAUGUUCGACGCCAUGUUCCCCGUGCAGUGUCUCCAGGGCGAGACCGUCAUACGGCAGGGCGACGAGGGCGACAAUUUUUACAUCGUUGACUCGGGUGAGGUCGAGGUUCUUGUGAAUGGCGAAGUGGUGACGAGUAUAGGCGAAGGUGGAAGUUUCGGCGAGCUGGCGCUCAUAUACGGCACGCCCAGAGCGGCGACGGUCAGGGCCCGUACUCCGUUGAAACUGUGGGGGCUAGAUCGAGACUCCUACAGACGAAUACUGAUGGGCUCCACUAUAAGGAAACGACGAAUGUACGACGAGUUCCUAUCGCGAGUGUCUAUUCUGGAAAGCUUAGAAAAGUGGGAGCGGCUUACUGUGGCGGAUGCAUUGGAACCCGUGUCUUUUAACGAUGGCGAGACUAUAGUCAGACAAGGCGAGCCUGGAGAUGACUUCUAUAUUAUAGUUGAAGGUACAGCGGUAGUUCUUCAGCAGCGGGGGGGCGGUUCGAGCGCGGAGGCGGGCGAGGGCGGCGCGGGAGAGGAGGUGGGUCGCCUCGGGCCGUCGGACUACUUUGGCGAGAUAGCCCUGCUACUGGAUCGCCCGCGCGCUGCCACCGUCCGCGCCGCCGGACCGCUCAAGUGCGUCAAGUUGGAUCGCGCCAGGUUUGAAAGAGUACUAGGUCUCUGCGCAGACAUUUUGAAACGGAACAUUGCACAAUACAACAGCUUCGUCUCCCUGUCCGUGUAACGGUGUUGCCAAUUUAUUACAUAUGUUAGCCAUUUAAAUUAACAUUGCGUUGAGAGUUAUUUAUUUUUAUUUUAAUGUGAGGUAACUUGUAUUUGCCGAUGUGUAAUUAUACCGUUUUGUAAAUUACACUUAAUUAUAUGCCACUGUAAAAGCCUAAAUUGUAAUGAAUCCUCACAUGGGCGUACC